AUGUCGGGACAUCCGCCGCAGCAGCCUGCUGGGCAGCCGGGUCACUAUGAUGACGGCUACGGCCACCAUCAACAGGGAAACACUGAUUCGUACUAUCAAGAUGACCAACAAUACUACGAUCACAAUGGAGGCCAGUAUGCAGAUCAGGGCAGCGGAGGACAGCACCAAGGAGGCGAUGGAUAUUACGACGAGUCGGGCUACUACAAUGCCGAUGCCAACAACCCGUACCAGCAAGAGGGAGGCUAUUAUGAGGGUAACGAUCGUGGAGGUCAAUACCAGGAUGAGUAUUAUAACGACCAAUACUACGACCAAGGAGCACCCGGUGCUAGGCAGCAUCCUCACGGUCAAGGACAACCGAGACGUCGAGGGGACUCUGAAGAGGAUUCGGAGACAUUCAGUGAUUUCACAAUGAGGUCGGACAUGGCUCGGGCUGCCGACAUGGACUACUAUGGCCGAGGAGACGAGCGAUACAACAGCUAUAACGAAAGCCAGAUGGGAGGCAAUGGUUACCGGCCACCUUCAUCGCAAAUUUCUUAUGGUGGUAACAGAUCGUCUGGGGCAUCAACGCCAAAUUACGGCAUGGACUACAACAAUGUUCUCCCAGCCGGCCAGCGCUCCCGCGAGCCAUACCCAGCCUGGACUUCCGAUGCUCAAAUACCUCUGUCGAAGGAGGAGGUAGAAGACAUUUUCCUGGAUCUCACGGCCAAGUUCGGUUUCCAGCGUGACAGCAUGCGAAACAUGUACGAUCAUCUAAUGACGCUCCUCGACUCUCGGGCGUCUCGAAUGACCCCGAACCAAGCGCUCCUUUCUCUCCAUGCCGAUUACAUUGGAGGUGAUAAUGCCAAUUACCGAAAAUGGUAUUUCGCCGCUCACCUCGAUCUGGAUGACGCAGUCGGAUUUGCCAAUAUGAAAUUAGGGAAGGCCAAUCGCAGAACACGCAAGGCUAGACGAGCUGCGAAGAAGAAGCAAGGGAUGGACCCGCAGAAUGAAGCCCAGACUCUCGAACAACUUGAGGGCGAUAACAGUCUUGAAGCAGCCGAGUACAGAUGGAAAACUCGCAUGAACCGAAUGUCUCAACAUGACCGCGUCCGACAAGUCGCCCUCUAUCUUCUAUGCUGGGGGGAGGCAAACCAAGUCCGGUUUAUGCCCGAAUGUCUCUGCUUCAUCUUCAAGUGUGCAGAUGAUUAUCUCAAUUCACCAGCAUGCCAGAACUUGGUAGAGCCUGUCGAUGAGUUUACUUAUCUCAACAACGUUAUCACCCCAUUGUACCAAUACUGCCGUGACCAAGGCUACGAGAUUCAGGAUGGCAAGUACGUCCGCCGUGAGAGAGACCAUAACAGAAUCAUCGGCUACGACGAUUGCAACCAACUGUUCUGGUAUCCCGAAGGCAUUGAGCUCAUCGUCAUGGAGGAUAAGUCCCGAAUUGUUGACCUUCCGCCCCCGGAACGAUUCUUGAAGCUCAAGGAUGUGAACUGGAACAAGGUGUUUUUCAAGACCUACAAGGAGACUCGGUCAUGGUUCCACAUGUUGGUCAACUUCAACCGCAUCUGGGUCAUCCACAUUUCGUCCUUCUGGUUUUUCACUGCAAAAAACUCGCCAACUCUUCUCGUCAAGAACUACGAGCAAGAGCGAAACAACCAGCCCCCGGGAUCUGCGCAAUGGUCUGCUGCUGCUUUAGGUGGUGCUGUCGCGUGCUUGAUAAUGAUCUCUGCCACUAUUGCUGAAUGGACCUACGUCCCGCGUAGAUGGGCCGGAGCACAGCAUCUUACCAAGAGAUUGUUGUUCCUCAUCGUCAUGUUCGCUCUGAACGCCGGUCCUAGUGUUUACAUCUUCGCCUUCCCGGAUAAGCAAAAAGACAAGCUCUCGUUGAUUCUUGGCAUCGUCCAAUUCUUCAUCGCCAUUGCUUCGUUCUUCUUCUUCGCCGUCAUGCCAUUGGGUGGAUUGUUUGGCAGUUAUUUGACGAAGAAUUCCCGACAGUAUGUCGCGAGUCAAACGUUCACUGCCAGCUACCCCCGUCUUGUGGGCAACGAGAUGUGGAUGUCUUAUGGUCUUUGGCUAUGCGUCUUUGUGGCGAAACUUGUAGAGUCCUACUUCUUUCUGACCCUGUCCUUCCGUGAUCCUAUCAGAUACCUGUCAACCAUGAAGCUCAGCAGCUGUCAAGGAGACCGGAUUCUCAAGACAUAUCUCUGCGAGUACCAGCCGAAGAUUCUGUUGGCCUUGAUGUUCAUCACCGACCUGUGUCUCUUCUUUCUCGACACUUUCUUGUGGUAUAUCAUUCUGAACACGGUUUACUCAGUUGCUCGAUCUUUCUACCUUGGCGUUUCUAUAUGGACGCCUUGGAGAAACAUAUUUUCUCGACUGCCAAAGCGUAUCUAUUCCAAGGUUCUCGCUACGACCGACAUGGAGAUCAAGUACAAGCCAAAGGUUCUGAUCUCUCAGAUCUGGAACGCUAUCGUUAUUUCCAUGUACCGUGAGCACCUUCUCGCCAUCGAUCAUGUCCAAAAGCUACUUUACCACCAAGUUCCGUCUGAGCAGGAGGGAAAGCGUACGCUACGAGCUCCGACGUUUUUUGUGUCUCAAGAAGAUCAUUCUUUCAAGACAGAAUUCUUCCCCAGCCAGAGCGAGGCUGAGCGCCGCAUCUCGUUCUUCGCCCAAUCUCUUUCGACCCCAAUUCCGGAACCCCUUCCAGUGGACAAUAUGCCAACAUUUACCGUUCUGAUUCCCCAUUACAGUGAGAAGAUUCUGCUCUCCCUUCGCGAGAUCAUUCGUGAAGAUGAGCCGUACUCUCGUGUCACACUUCUCGAAUAUCUCAAGCAGCUUCACCCCCACGAGUGGGACUGCUUUGUCAAGGACACCAAGAUUCUCGCUGAUGAGACGUCUCAAUUCAAUGGUGACUACGAGAAGAGCGAGAAGGAUACAGCCAAGAGCAAGAUUGAUGAUCUUCCAUUCUACUGUAUUGGUUUCAAGUCAGCCGCGCCAGAAUACACUCUCCGUACCCGUAUUUGGGCAUCUUUACGCUCGCAAACCCUCUACCGUACCAUAUCUGGAUUCAUGAACUACAGUCGUGCUAUCAAACUGCUCUACCGUGUUGAAAAUCCAGAAGUCGUUCAGAUGUUUGGUGGUAACUCUGACAAACUCGAGCGCGAGCUGGAGCGCAUGGCACGUCGCAAGUUCAAGCUCAUUGUGUCCAUGCAACGUUAUGCCAAGUUCAAGAAGGAGGAGAUGGAGAACACUGAAUUCUUGCUCCGUGCCUACCCUGAUCUUCAGAUUGCGUAUCUGGACGAGGAGGCUCCGUUGGUCGAAGGCGAGGAGCCUCGUCUCUACUCCGCUCUGAUUGAUGGCCACUCUGAAAUCAUGGAAAAUGGUAUGCGUCGCCCCAAAUUUCGUGUCCAAUUAUCUGGAAACCCAAUUCUUGGUGAUGGAAAAUCAGACAAUCAGAACCACGCCAUCAUCUUCUAUCGUGGAGAAUACAUCCAGCUCAUCGAUGCCAAUCAAGAUAACUACCUCGAGGAGUGUCUCAAGAUAAGAAGUGUUUUGGCGGAAUUUGAAGAAAUGACCACUGAAAACGUCUCGCCCUACACGCCUGGUGUUGAGAACCCAAAGACCGACCCUGUUGCUAUCCUCGGAGCACGUGAGUACAUUUUCUCUGAAAACAUCGGUAUCCUGGGAGAUGUUGCCGCUGGAAAAGAACAAACAUUCGGUACUCUGUUUGCUCGUACGUUGGCUACUAUUGGAGGGAAAUUGCAUUAUGGACAUCCUGAUUUCUUGAACGGAAUCUUCAUGACUACUCGAGGAGGUGUGUCGAAGGCUCAAAAGGGUCUUCAUCUGAACGAGGAUAUCUACGCUGGUAUGACUGCUCUCCUGAGAGGUGGUCGUAUUAAGCAUUGUGAGUACUACCAAUGCGGCAAAGGUCGUGAUCUCGGGUUUGGAUCCAUCUUGAACUUCACGACUAAAAUUGGAACCGGUAUGGGUGAGCAGAUGCUCUCGCGCGAGUACUACUACUUGGGCACUCAACUGCCGCUUGACCGAUUUUUGUCCUUCUACUAUGCUCAUCCCGGCUUUCAUUUGAACAACAUGUUCAUCAUGUUGUCUGUCCAGAUGUUCAUGAUUGUAUUGAUCAACCUCGGAGCUCUCCGCAACCAGACCAUUCUCUGCCACUACGAUGUCAAUCGCCCAAUCACCGAUCCUCUGUUCCCUACCGGUUGCGCGAACCUCACUCCAAUUUUAGAUUGGGUGUACCGUUGUAUUAUCUCCAUUUUCAUCGUCUUCUUCAUCUCCUUCGUGCCCCUUGUGGUCCAGGAGUUGACAGAACGUGGAUUCUGGCGUGCUGCGACUCGUCUCGGCAAGCAGUUCUGCUCUUUGUCACCCUUCUUCGAGGUCUUUGUUUGCCAGAUCUACGCCAACGCAGUACAGCAAGAUCUGUCUUUCGGAGGUGCUAGAUACAUUGGUACCGGUCGUGGUUUUGCAACAGCACGUAUUCCGUUCGGUGUCCUGUUCUCUCGAUUCGCUGGCCCUGCAAUCUAUCUUGGCGCUCGAUCGUUGAUGAUGCUACUGUUCGCUACUCUCACAAUUUGGCAACCAGCUUUGAUAUACUUCUGGGUCACUCUCCUUGCCAUGUGCGCGUCUCCAUUCAUCUAUAAUCCUCAUCAAUUCGCCUGGAACGACUUCUUCAUCGACUACCGCGACUUCUUGAGAUGGCUUUCGCGCGGAAACUCCCGCUCGCAUUCCUCUUCUUGGAUCGCGUACUGCCGCUUGACUCGUACCAGAAUCACUGGAUACAAGCGCAAGGCUUUAGGAGACCCUUCUUCGAAGAUGUCUGGCGAUGUACCACGAGUACCAUUCACCAAUUUAUUCUUUGGCGAAAUAAUUGGGCCAUUGCUCAUAGUUGCUGUGACACUAAUUCCAUACAUCUUCAUCAAUUCUCAGGUCGGUGUUAACCAAGAAGAUGGUCGCAAUCCCGACGCCACGCUGUAUGCAACCAAUUCUCUCAUUCGAGUUGCUAUUGUCGCCUUCGCACCGAUCGCCAUCAAUGCGGGUGUCCUCGCCGCCAUGUUUGGUAUGGCUUGUUGUAUGGGUCCGGUACUUAGCAUGUGCUGCAAGAAGUUCGGUACAGUUCUUGCCGCUAUAGCCCACGGUACAGCAGUUGUCAUGCUACUGGUUUUCUUCGAGGUCAUGUUCUUCCUGGAGGGAUUCGUCUUCGCAAAAGCCUUGCUGGGAAUGAUUGCCGCCACUGCCAUUCAGCGUUUCAUCUACAAGCUUAUCAUUUCUUUGGCUCUGACAAGAGAAUUCAAGUCCGACACGUCCAACAUCGCCUUCUGGACUGGAAAAUGGUACUCCAUGGGAUGGCACUCGGUCUCUCAACCAGCCAGAGAAUUCCUGUGCAAAAUCACCGAGCUUGGCAUGUUCGCUGGUGAUUUCGUUCUUGGCCAUGUCCUUCUCUUCAUCAUGUUGCCUGUCCUUGCUAUCCCCCAGAUUGACAAGGCACACUCUGUGAUGUUGUUCUGGCUCCGACCAAGUCGUCAAAUUAGGCCACCAAUCUAUUCAAUGAAGCAAUCAAAGCUCAGAAAGAGACGUGUUUGGAGAUAUGCCGUUCUCUAUUUCCUCAUGCUUGUCAUUGCCCUUGCUUUGCUUGUUGGGCCGAUUGUUGCAGGAUCCAUGAUUCUUGACAACACGAAAUCCAUUUUCGCGAAGCCGGCAGAUACGAUGUAUCUUUUCCAGCCAACCGGUCUUAACAACAACGAUACAAGAAACGACACCGAGACUGGAACUGGUAAGGCUGGUGGUGCCUCUGCCUCGGCCACCGCAUCCUCCACCGGUGGCAAUGCAAGAAUCAGACUGUUCUAG